AUAUCAUCUCUGAUUCAUCCCCCUGCCCUCUUCUUCUGUCUGUCAUUAUUGUCUGCUUUUCUAUGAUUGAGAAACGUAACAAUAAUUAAUCUUCAGUAAAAUUCUGCAAAAUUUGUGUUUUUAAUCUUAAUUUUCUGCUAACCCAAUUCGUAAAAAUGGGUACUUUUGAUGAUACUGCUUGGGAUCUGCCGCUUGAUUAUUUCAUCGAUGAUGUUGCAUCCCCUAAUUUCUCUUGGGUUGAUCCCAGUCUUUCUUGCAGUUCCAGCAUUGAAAUUGAUUUUUCGAGGACAAGUAUGAUACAUGAACAAGAAUCUGAGAGGCAACGCCCCAUGAAAAGUUCUUGCAUUGAAAUCGACUUUUCACAGACAAGUAGUGCCGUACAAGAACAAGAAUCUGAAAUGGAAUGCCCUAAGAAAAGGGGGCGUUCAGCUGUCUACAGCAAUCCAAAGACUAAAGCAUGCCGUGAGAGGGAGCGAAGGGAAAAGUUGAAUGACAGCUUUCUAAACUUGAGCUCUGUCUUGGAACCUGGAAGAGCUGCCAAAACUGACAAAUUGGCGCUAUUAUCUGAUGCUAUAAGAAUUGUGAAGCAGCUAAGGACCGAAAAUGAGGGGUUUAAAGAUGAAAAUAAAAAGCUGCAAGAGGAAAUUGAAAGUUUAAAGGCUGAAAAGAAUGAACUCCGUGAUGAGAAAUCAACAUUGAGGGCAGAAAAAGAAAAGAUGGAGCUUCAUAUGAAAUCAAUGAGUGGCAUUCCUGGUCCAGGGAUGAUUCCUCCUUAUCCAUCACCCUAUCAAGCCGGACCAAAUAAGAUGGCUCUUUACCCUAGUUAUGGUAUGUAUCCUAUGUGGCAUUAUCUACCGCCAUCUACUCGUGAUACUUCUCGUGACCAUGAACUAAGGCCUCCUGCUGCUUAAGACUUAAGACUUAAGAGUGUGUGCAAGUUUUCUUCUCUGCAGGAAAUUCUGUGGCAUUUGUCUCAAGUUUUGUCUUUCUGUUUUUGUAUUGUAUAUAUUGUUGGCGAACUUGUCUCUUCCUAUAUUUAGAUUUGAGUAGCCAGAGACUCGAUCAUGGGGCUUAAACGCCGUAGAAUGUUUCUAGAUCAUGUAAGUACUUUAAUGAAGACUUAUUAUUAUUAUUUC